AUGACCGAUUUGUCGUAUCUGAUGAAUUCGUUCCAAUUUCUAACGGCGCAAUUCCGCCUGUUGGUGAAUCACCUCAAACAACAAGCAGACAUCUCAUCGUCACGGCCCCUUUCCAAUGCGGACCACCAUCAAAACGCACGAUUAAGAUCGCAAUCUCACCAAACUCAGCUGCCUUCGAGAUCAAGACAACGGCCUACCCCAGCGUCACUGAAAUCCCUGGAUGAAUUGACCAACACCAUGAACAUGGCUUCCCGUUUGCAUCAGACCUUCUCGUGGAUUCUCAAUUCAUGUGCUACAAGGCUAGUAGAGUUGCCCACUGGUGGGCCACGGCAG